GGCAGGACCACACAAUCGCUGAAGAGCUGCUGCAGCAGGACACGAUGGUGCUUUGAGGACUAUUCUACCAUGCACUCCAUCAUGAAUAUGAAUGGGCUUCAACGCCAGGGGAACCAGGAAAGUUACAUUGUGGAUAAUACUCCAAAGAAGAAAAGUUCUCUGUGGUACCGAGCUUCACUGAGGGGGAGCAGUGAACGGCACCGUCAAAGCACUGGCUCGCAGCCCAAGGUUUGCAAGCCCAAGCCAACUUACUCCAACUCGCUGGUUGAUUACACAGACCCACAAAGGACCACAAUUAUAUUGGAGAAGCAAGACAAUGAAACAUUUGGUUUUGAAAUUCAGACUUACGGGCUGCAGCUGAAAAACAGCUCUGCAGUGGAGAUGUGCACAUUUGUUUGCAAGGUGAACGAGGACAGUGUAGCUGAGAGUGCUGGCCUGACCGCAGGCGACAUUAUUGUCACUGUCAACGGGUUGAGCAUCGAAGGGUCAUCUCACCAGUGUGUGCUUGAGCUGAUAAAAAAAUCAACCAACUGUCUAAAGUUGGAGACUGUUUGUGGGAAUAUAGUGAAGCAGAUAGAGCUGGAGAAGAGGAUGAACCUCCUUAAGCAAUCACUACGUGAGAAAUUGAUAGAACUGCAGGCCCUUACUUUACAGGAAAAGCGUCUAAUGCGAGGUAAUUUAAAUGACAGCAGUCUCAACCUCUUGAUGGACUCCCCUUCUAUUUUGAGCUCUCCCAUCAGCCGCUUUGGCCGGCGUUUUUCCAGUGACAGCAGCUACAGAAGUGUGAUGACAGAUGACAGUGACCAGGCCAGCGUGUUUGGAGAUGUGAGCUCACCCUGUCCCACCAGUGCAGCCAGCACCACAGAUGAUAACUGCUUCUUUUCCAAAGACUUUCCUUCACAGGACAGCCCUGGGAGGUGCUCUGUGACCUCCAGCCAUCAUCACCAAACCCUCGGCCGCUCCAGCAGCUCCAGUUUGGCUGGCAGCACCAGUUCUCUGUCUCCGUCCUGGGAGGAAACAAGGAUCUCGUCCUUGUUUGGUACCCUGCCCAGAAGAGGCAGGAAAGCCAGUGUCCGCAAACACAUCUUCAAGUUAAUUCCUGGACUCCAGCGAUCAGUUGAAGAGGAGGAGACAGGGACAAACACUCACUGAUUCGCUUUCCAAAUGCUCCUUGUGCCUACUCAGUAUUAAGUGUUGGUAAACAGGUGGACAUUUUCAGGCUGUGCAUUUGGCAAUGUCAAAAGUGACUCUGAACCUGACUUAUUUGCUUGGCUUUAACUUGUGGCACAAAAGCAUUAUAAAAAUAAAUGGAGGCUGAAUGAAUGUACACAUAACAGAUUGUAAAGUAUAACAGGUGAAAUUAUGUAUCCUUCUUACUUGAAUGCAUUUUUGACCUAAUCACAGAAUAUGACGAGCAUUAAUCAAUUUGAGUUGCAGCAACUGUAUCAGUGUAGCAAAUCCAACUUUAAAAAUUAAAGACCACAUGACCUAAAAUACAUGAGAAGACAUUAAAGCACUUACAACACAUUCAGGUGCUCAAAACCAAAACCAAGCCUCUAUACCCUAUAGAUAGCUGCUCAGCUCAAAAACAGGAUGUGGGUAUGAGAAUACUACUUAAGUACUUUCAUUUCCAAAUUGUUUUUUCCGACUGUGUUGAACUUGUUGAAUGCAACGAAAUACUGUAAAUACUCUGAAAAGUGUAUGAUUUAUUUUCUGUGGGAAGAAAAUUCAACUUUGUACAAUAUUUUACAAUGUUUAUGAU